AUGGACUAUCUUGUUCAGGGAUUCAAACCAGCUCCAAGAGAAACGGGAGGCACUUCAAUAAACAUUACACCAAGCUCUUCAAGAAAUCCAAGUCCACCAUCUUCAUAUUUUGCGAGUCCAAUUCCUUCGUCGUGCCAACUUAGUCCGUCGUCAUCUUCCUUUCCGAGCCCAUCCUGGCUCGAUGCUAACACGUCAUUACCCUCAUUUGCAUUCCUACAUAAUUCCAUCUCUUCAUCACUUCCACCUCUCCAAAUAUCAAAUAGUGCUCCCGUAACCCCACCUCUCUCAUCCCCGACUAGACUCCCUAACCAAUCUUUCAAUUUUGAGUCUCUUACUAAAGAAUCCAUGGCUGCCUUGAAUAUCCCAUUCUUGGCUUCAUCAGCACCGGUAAGCCCUACUCGCUGGCGGCGUUUGCAUCCAGCCACUAUAACUGAAUGUGACAAGUCCAACCCAUCUACUACUGCAGCCACUGUAACUGAAUGUGAUAAGUCCAACCCAUCUACUACUGCUUUGCCCCAAUGGAUGAACUUCCGAGCAUAUGGAAAUGCAUCUGAUGUGGUUCCACCAUCUCCAACAUUCAAUCUUGUGAGACAAAUGGCUCAACGAGUUCCUCCCAAGGAUGCAAUGCAGGAGAAGGAGACGGGUACGCAAUUUGACUUCGAGAAAGUGGCGGGGAAGCCAUGGGAAGGGGAGAGGAUCCAUGACGUGGGAUUAGAUGAUCUUGAGUUCACACUGGGAAGAGGAAGCACUCAGAAUUAAGUGAUUUAUCCAUUAUCAUACUGUAAUCAAGAAUCAUCAUCUUCAUCGUAGAAUGGGAAUACUUUGUACACACCUAUAACGAUUUUAUAGACAUUUUCCGAAGUGAGAAGUCUUCUGAUACAUUCAUGUUUUGAUCUUGUUUCUAGAACAAAUACUUAUUGUCGCUAAUAGGCAGAAGCAGGGGGACAAAUAUUAAAAUCAAAUAACAAAUGUAAUUUCUCUAAUAGAUGACAAAUGUAGAAUCAUUUAAUAGUUACAUCAAUAUUAGUCAUAGUGCAGACAUAUACACCAAUCCAAUUCCUAAAAAGAAUUUACAACGCUGAACGAAGAAAACAUAAAUCAGUAACACUGCAAAACAUUCAGUUACCAUACCAGCACACGAGCAACACUAAAUGUGGAUCCUAGAACAACAAGAGACAACGGUGUUUUAGUAGUUAGAUUAAAAUGGCAUACAGAAGUUGGCUCUAAAUUAUACCUAGACUCGAUUUCUCCUCCGAACUGAGCUCCAAAUUGUGAGGACUGGUAAGUUACAGCAUGUUUGGCAGGUGAUACUUGACAAUACUGGAUUGUAGUAA